GUGGAGGGAUGGGGAGGGGGAGUGCAGAGAGACCCGGAGGCUGGUGCCUGGGCCCAGGGAGGUGAGGAUGCGUUUCUGGACUGCGACAGCAGACGUGGGGCAGAAAGGAAGAAGGGAGAGUCCAUGCGGGCCACAAGGAAGUCCGAGGACCAGGUGGUGCUGGCUAGAGUGCAUGCUUUUGGACCCAAGCUUAACUUUUCAAAUGUGGAAUGCUAGGCCUUCAUUGCUGCUCGGGACCAUCCCUGGUGUGGCCUCUGUGGCCGGGCAGUGUCUUGUAUAGUCAGGGCUGAGGGGGCCGCAGAGGGGGUAAGAGGACCGAAGUUACUACCCUAAGAGCAGCUGCACCAUGAUUCCAAGUGUGUGGGGUGUACCUGUGCUGGUUUCUGGAAGAAGUUGACUGCCUGAAAGGAAGCGACAAAACAUGAAAAUUGCUUUGAGGUGACCAACAAGUCCAGUGACCCCUUGCUUCUCCCAAGGUGGAUCUGGGGUUUAAGAACCGUAACUUCAGAUGAGGAAACUCGGGCCCAGAGAGUGGGAGUGACAGCCCCAGUCACGUCGGUUGGAGCUGGACCCUGACAGUGGCAGUGCACGGCCACCUUCACCUGGGUUUGCAGUUGGAGUCCCUUGCAAGAGCCACCCUGGUCGUCCUCCACCUUAGAAGAGCACGUAGAAAUAAACGUGCCUCUGCUGUCCUUGUACCUAUUCCAGACUCCAAUGGCCGAACAGAGAAUGGACAUUUCUUCAACUAUCAGCGACUUCAUGUCCCCAGGCGCCACCGACCUCCUCUCCAGCCCCCUGGGCACCGGUGGCAUGGAUUGCAACCGGAAACGCAAGGGCAGCUCCACGGACUACCAGGAAAGCAUGGACACAGACAAAGAUGACCCUCAUGGAAGGUUAGAAUAUACAGAGCACCAAGGAAGGAUCAAAAAUGCAAGGGAAGCUCACAGCCAGAUUGAAAAGAGGCGUCGGGAUAAAAUGAACAGUUUUAUUGAUGAACUGGCUUCUUUGGUACCAACGUGCAACGCGAUGUCCAGGAAAUUAGAUAAACUUACUGUGCUGAGGAUGGCUGUUCAGCACAUGAAAACAUUACGAGGUGCCACCAAUCCAUACACAGAAGCAAACUACAAACCGACUUUUCUAUCAGAUGAUGAAUUGAAACACCUUAUUCUCAGGGCAGCAGAUGGAUUUUUGUUUGUCGUAGGAUGUGACCGAGGGAAGAUCCUCUUUGUGUCAGAGUCUGUCUUCAAGAUCCUCAACUACAGCCAGAAUGAUCUGAUUGGUCAGAGUUUAUUUGACUACCUGCAUCCUAAAGAUAUCGCCAAAGUCAAGGAGCAGCUCUCCUCCUCUGACACUGCACCCCGGGAGCGGCUCAUAGAUGCAAAAACUGGACUUCCAGUUAAAACAGAUAUAACCCCUGGGCCAUCUCGAUUAUGUUCUGGAGCACGGCGUUCUUUCUUCUGUAGGAUGAAGUGUAACAGGCCUUCCGUAAAGGUUGAAGACAAGGAUUUCCCCUCCACCUGCUCAAAGAAAAAAGCAGAUCGAAAAAGCUUCUGCACAAUCCACAGCACAGGCUAUUUGAAAAGUUGGCCGCCCACAAAAAUGGGGCUGGACGAAGACAACGAACCAGACAACGAGGGGUGUAACCUCAGCUGCCUUGUCGCCAUCGGACGACUGCACUCUCAUAUGGUUCCACAACCGGCGAACGGGGAAAUCAGGGUGAAAUCUAUGGAAUAUGUCUCUCGGCAUGCAAUAGAUGGGAAGUUUGUUUUUGUAGACCAGAGGGCAACAGCUAUUUUGGCAUAUUUACCACAAGAACUUCUAGGCACCUCAUGUUACGAAUAUUUUCACCAAGAUGACAUAGGACAUCUCGCAGAAUGUCAUAGGCAAGUUUUACAGACAAGAGAAAAGAUUACAACUAAUUGCUAUAAGUUUAAAAUCAAAGAUGGUUCUUUCAUCACACUACGGAGUCGGUGGUUCAGUUUCAUGAACCCUUGGACCAAGGAAGUAGAAUACAUUGUCUCCACCAACACCGUUGUUUUAGCCAACGUCCUGGAAGGCGGGGACCCAAGCUGCCCUCAGCCCACAGCAUCCCCCCGCAGCAUGGACAGCACGCUGCCCUCUGGAGAAGGUGGCCCAAAGAGGACCCACCCCACUGUUCCAGGGAUUCCAGGGGGAACCAGGGCUGGGGCAGGAAAAAUAGGUCGAAUGAUUGCUGAGGAAAUCAUGGAAAUCCACAGGAUAAGAGGGUCAUCGCCUUCCAGCUGUGGCUCCAGCCCAUUGAACAUCACAAGUACACCUCCCCCUGAUGCCUCUUCUCCAGGAGGCAAGAAGAUUUUAAAUGGAGGGACUCCAGACAUUCCUUCCAGUGGCCUACUACCAGGGCAGGCUCAGGAGAACCCAGGUUAUCCAUAUUCUGAUAGCUCUUCUAUUCUUGGUGAGAACCCUCACAUAGGCAUAGAUAUGAUAGACAACGAUCAAGGCUCAAGCAGUCCCAGUAAUGAUGAAGCAGCAAUGGCUGUCAUAAUGAGCCUCUUGGAAGCAGAUGCUGGGCUCGGUGGUCCUGUUGACUUUAGCGACUUGCCAUGGCCACUGUAAACACUACAUGUUGCUUUGGCGACAGCUACAGUAUCAAAGUGCAUUACUGAUGGAGUUAUACAGUCGUCUGUGAAGCUUACCGGAUAAGGAGAACAGCUUUUAUGUACUGUCUUCAUAAAAGCCAUCUCAGAGCCAUUGAUACAAGUCAAUCUUACUAUGUGUAACUUCAGACAAAGUGGAACUAAGCCUGCUCCAGUGUUUCCUCAUCAUUGAUGAUUAUUGGGCUAGCUGUGGAUAGCUUGCAUUAAUUGUAUAUUUUGGAUUCUGUUUGUGUUGAAUUUUUUAAUCAUCAUUGUGCACAGAAGCAUCAUUGGUAGCUUUUAUAUGCAGAUGGUCAUUUCAGAUGAUGUAUGGUGUUUUUACACUACAAAGAAGUUCCCCAUGUGGAUAUUUCUUAUACUAAUUGUAUCAUAAAACCGUUUAUUCUUCCUUGUAAGAAUCCUUUACUAUAAAUAUGGGUUAAAGUAUAAUGUAUU